AUGGCCACCGCUUCCCUUGUGGCUAACGCGCAUCCCGGCAAUCCCGCGCCUGCAACGAUUCUACACUCCUCCACGACAAUCUCGUCAAACUCCAAAUCCUCAAAACCACCUCAAACACGUAAUCUUGUUCCCGUGACGCUUGUUGACGCCGACUUGCUGCAUGCAACCGACACCGAUUCGGCUACACCACCAUCUCGCCCACGAAUACAAACAUGGAUCAACUUGCGGCUGAAAUUGCUUCAAACACGGGUCAACGGACGCCUUUCUCUGGUACCUCCGCCUCCUCAAUGCAUGCGUCGGCGGCUCGACAAACGGCGUGCGGCCAAAUGGGCGGAUCACGACAUGUCCGUAUGGAAUGAUACUACUGAAUCAUCCAAUGAUUAUUGGGCCAACUUGGGAACGCCUCACCAACUCUCCGACACGACGGCGCCUGCGCCUACAAACGCUGACGGACCUCCUGCUUCGCUACCGAUUCGAUCGCAUAGAAUGGGCUCAUUCAUGGGUGGUGGUCUCGCUGGUAAUGGCUUAGCGCCUCCUCCGCAUGCAUUCGACGAGCACUACAAGGCCUACUCGGUCGCAAUGUUCCUCGCGAGAGAGAAUGUCAGCUAUGGAGGAAAGACAAGCACUCACGCGGGUGUUUUGGAAUUUAUCGCCGACGAAGGAUGCGUCUUCCUUCCUCAUUGGAUGAUGAAGACUUUGAAGCUCAAUGAGGCUGAUCCGAUUCGGAUCACUGGCGCGUCGUUACCGAAAGGAAAGUUUGUCAAGCUACAGGCUCAAGAAACGUCCUUUGUGGAGGUUUCGGAUCCGAAAGCUGUGCUAGAACAAGCUCUCAGAAACUUUACCUGUCUCACACAAGGCGACAUCAUCGAAAUCUCAUAUAAUAGCAUUAUAUUCGGGCUAUUGGUUAUGGAGACACGAACGACAAGUCAAAGUGGGCCCGCAUCAUCGCGAUCUGCCACUCCAGCACCGGUCCCUGGUAUAGCUGUCUUUGAUACCGAUCUAGAGGUCGAUUUUGCGACUCCAAAGGGCUGGAAAGAGCCGGUGAGAGCACCGCCAAAACCAAUCGAGACAAUGGCAACUCGUCUCGGUUUGGACGGAGGCAAGACUGCAUCUGGCAAGUCGACACCUUCUGGUUCACGUCCAGGCAGUAGCCUGGGUGCCGUUGUUGAUGACGAUGCGUUUGAGGCAUUCAAGGGUCGAGGAGAAACGCUCAAUGGACGCAAGACGAAGGGUAAAGGAGUGAGAACUGGAGGACGAAAGAUUACAGAAGUUGACGCCUCGUCCAAAAUCGAGCGAACUGACAAACCCAAACUCAUCACGUCUUCAAUGCUCGACAUGGCCUCUUCAGCUACUGCAACCGAUGCACAACCACUCAACCUCGAAUUCGGCCAGCUCUUUUUCGGAUACCCAGUCGUCCCAUAUAAGCCACCAGCGCAGACGCAGAAGGAAAAGACAGAAGGCGAACCUUCGACAUCUGGUAUCGGGCUCUCAGUCUUGGACUCGUUACGAGGCGGGAACACGCUCAGUGGACGACCGACGCCGCGGAGCUCUACGCCCGCUCCAACUGGAUCUGAACGAGGAGGCGCAGCGACGCCAGAUGUACCCGGAACGACGGCGGGAGCGGGGUAUGCGUGGGGCGCUGGUGGGCAUGCGUUGGGGAGCGUUCGGAUUGGGAGUAGUGCGAGUGCCAGCAAAGCUGGGAGCGCGCGAGACGGGGAGAAGAAGAAGAAAAGGAAAAAGCCCGAGUCGAUUGAUGUCGAUUGA